CGUCAGCCGAGCUCAUUCGCGUCGUGUCUGUCGCGGCCAGAGUACACUCCGUUCACCGAUAGAGACAAGAAAAAAUUAUUAUUUUCCUAAUAUUAAUUAAAAGAAACACUUAUUUUUCACUUCAUCCCCCCCUUAACAGGGGGAGAACGCUAUCUAAACCCGAACCGAGGAAAUAGUCUGCGGGACGGGCGGGCUCGCAAAGAAGGCUGUGAAUUCCAUUUUCUCUUUUUUUUUCUCCUUUUUUAGUACAGGGUAAAUGGAGGCGAUCAACGGGGGUACGGGUUUGAUGGGUGAGGAAAAGGGGGCGCCGCCGCCCCCCAGUCCCCUCACGGGGUGCUACUUGCUGGUGGUGAUCGGGGAACCUCAUUCGGCCGAGCAUAAGGACAUUAUCCUGCAGAAGAUUGCUAAAGGACUGCUGUCAUGGGAUGUAAACGAUUGCCUGGUAGAUCUAGAAAAAGAGUUAGCGAUUAUUAUAGAACAAGGAUUAGAAGGAGAGGAAGCCAGAUAUGGAGAGAGACUCAUACAAUUCGCCUCCGAAAACCUAGUGACUGAAAUACUGAUCCAUCCUGCAGUGAGCACCUUGUCCCAAUGCAUACGAAACUUGCUUAGUAGUUUCACUAGGCAUAGGCACAUCAUCCAUGCUGGGUACACCUUCCAGGGAAAUGGUUCUUGGGCUUUACAGGACGGGACAUUUUCCUAUUCCGAUUUCUCAGAAGCAUUCCAGGAAAUCGAGGUCCAGAGAGUAAUCCAUGCUUACGAGAAUGGGAUAUCGAUAGACCUCCAUUGCUGUCCCGAGGGAGAGUGGACCAGGCUGCCUAAGGAGUAUUUCACUAAAUCUUGCAAGGUGCGCGUGAAUCCAACAGACGUCCUAACAACAGGGUCACCAUCCAUCACAAGUUUUAUUAAAUAUUUAGAGCCAUUUUUGGUCCCUACAGUACUCGAAGAUAUCCUCGAAAGCUCAGACGUGGUGGGAAACAUCAGGUUCUCUCGGCCUACGUUAUACGUUUUCCCAGGUGGCCAAGGUGAUGCAGCACUAUUCGGAAUCAACGGGUUUAAUAUGCUGCUGGACGGAGGAUAUUCAAGAAAGGCUUGUUUUUGGGACUUCGUUAGACACUUAGAUAGAUUAGACGCAGUUCUUAUGACUAGAUUGAACAAUAGUAACGUAAGCGGCAUUAGCUCAGUACUUAAAAGGAAACAGCAGGGCGCAGUUUACCCUCAAGUAGGACACUUCUUCUGCAAUAUCCAGGAACGUAAGUCUUUACUAAGCCCUGAUGGGGACAAGGACAGAGAUCCCUUGAUCAUAAGCCUGUUAGAAGAAGGACAAAGCAUCAUCCAAGACGUAAAACACCUAAACCUCGCAUCUCAAACGUGCUUCAGGGACUCAGAACCCAUUAUACUCUAUCACAAAGUGGGCCACGGUACCUUAAAUAUGUACGUCCUAUCACCAGAUAAAAACUCCCGUGAGGUCCGGGAGUUUAUGCAGAAAUGGAACCAAAGUGACCCAAAACUAUUCCCGGCAAGUAAAACCGGCAAAGAAUUCACUUUUCCACUGCAAAAUUUGGUCUCUAUAUGCGCGUUAUUAGUUUGGCAACCCGCAAAUCCAAAUGACACCAUCACCAGGAUUUUGUAUCCAGGUAGUGCACCACAGAAAAAAAUCCUGGAAGGGCUUGACAAAAUUAAAGGGCUGGAAUGUAUGAAACAACCAGUGUGCACCGUGAAAUCCAUUAUGCCAGUGAAAAAGAGCAAACAAGAUAUUCUGGAUAAGAUUGCCCCCAAAGAGAUCAGCUCUAAAAACAUUAUUGGCGAGAAGAAAAGUGAAAAUAAAGUUUUAGCAGAAGAUGCUGGUCAGAAACAUGAAAUGAACGGGGAUGUUGUAAGGGAGAAAGCCGUUAAGAAGUCCGAUUCGGUUGAGAGUGAUAAAGAGAAACGAGGUGGUAAGAAGGUUGAAGAGACGAAGAAGGUAGAAGAAAAUGGGAAAAUUGUUGAAAAUGGUGAUAAGGCAAAGCCCAAGCCAAGGAUUGACCAUAAGUCGAGAGCCAGAACUGAGAGUCAACAAAGGAAGAAGCCCGCAGUUGAAAAGAAAGGCCCACCUACUCCUAAAAAGUCCGUCGAAGACAAAUCCAAUGGAGAAAUCAAAGAGCGAGAGAAGAAGAUGCCUCAUAAACCUUCACCUCAAGGCACUCCCGCUAAAAGCACCAAAGACGCAAACAAUAGGAAAGUGAUCGAAAGCAAAAAAGCUCCUCAAAAGAAAGAACCAGUGCCAAAACCCGCUUCCGUAGAAAAACCCAAGGUUAAACCCGAAAGGCAACCCAUUUCCCGAAGACCUAAGGCUGUUAAAGGACCUCCAAGUCCAAUGAAGAAGAUGGCUAAUGGUGUUCAGAAACCUGAUUCGCUUACUAAGCGUGGAAAAUUAGACAAAGAAGGAACAACUGACUCAAGCACGGUCAGUACGCCUUCUGCCGAGCAAGAAAGCAUACUGAAAAAAGACAUUUCCAAGUUAACCCCUGAGGAGCUGCAACAGCUAAAAGAAAAAGAACUGGAGGAACUUAAUGAGGAACAAGAAGCCGUUAAAGAAAUCGAAGCCGUUUUUAGAAAGGGCGAAGUUCAAGCUGACGAAUCAGAACCAGGCGUCAGAAAAAUCAAAGAAAUUUCCAUCGAGGAUAAUCUUGAAACUGAAGAGUAUUUGAUAAUUGAAAAGGAGGAAGUGGAGCACGAUUCCCUUGACCAAGAGAACAAAGAAGACGAAAUGCAAAAAUUGGCUCGAGAUAGUGAAGAGUCAGAGAAGCAACGUAAACUUAGUGCAGAAGAGAUUAAAGUAAAAGAACAAGAGACCGUGAAAACUGAACCACAAGACGAGCCUAAAGGCGAAGAUCUCGAUGCCAAGAAACAGUGCAUUAUUUCACCCGAAGACAAAAUGGCGUCCUCCCUGGAAAAGAAGGACCUUGCAGAAGAAGAAGUGAAGGAAGUAGUCGAGUCUCAUCUGGAAGAAAAAGUCUCGGCCAAUAUUGAAUCCGGGGCAACCACUACAGCUCCCACCCUCCCAGAAGAUGAAAGAAUCACCUUAGAUGAAAUCAAAGAAGACAACGGUCAACCUAUUGAAGAAAAACACGUUAAAGAAGAAACCAAAGAGAAAGAAGUACCGAUAAUUCAGUUACCUCCUAAAAGCCAACAAGACAGCCAGUCAAAGCCACCCCAAACUGUUCCUGGUAUACCUGGUCUGGAUAAACAAAGACAUAUUAGAGACAUCGUUAAAACCCCCGAUGAGGUUGCUGAUCUUCCCGUUCACGAGGAAGCCGAUUACCAAGAAUACCAAGAAGAUAAGAAAAGUAAUGAAGUUGAAAAACCUUCAGAAAAGAAAGAUGCAGAAGUAGCAAAGAAGGAGGAGGAAGUAGUGGCCGAGAAACCUGCUACAGAAACUCGGAAGACUGAUGACAAAAAGGAUAAAGAAUCAAAGCCAAUUGAUACAAAACCGAAAGAAUUUAUCGAAGAGGAUUCUAAACAAAAAGAAGCUGUGAUAGAAGCAACUGUUAGUGAAAAGACUGAUAAUAAAAUUGAUGUUUUAGAAAAGGCAGAAACAGAAACCAAAGAAAAAUCCGAUCAAGAUAACAACCUACUUUAUCAAGAAGAUAUUGAUGACGAAUGGGUUGUAAUAACAAAAGACACUGAAGAAAAAACCAAAGAAGCCCAACCAAUUGUGGAAGAACCUACAAUUCCCAAAGACACUAAGGAACCACUGCAAAAUGACAAAGAGCAACAGGAUAUAACAGAAAGUGAUUUGAGCGACCAUGAGAUCCGAGAAGAAGAUGAAAUCCACGAAACCAUCGAGAAAGACAAGGAAGAUAUUACAGCUCUGAUUGAAGAAGCUGACCGAAAGCCUAUUGCCAAAGAGAUUGAUGAACACAAAGCUAAAGACGUUUCAAAGGAACUAGAAACUGCAUCCAUUAAAAGUGAAGAAAAAGUUGCUGCAAUUAAGGAGUCAACGCAAGAGAUCGAGGCAAUAGAUGAUAAACUGCAAGAGCUUAAAAAAGAAGCACCUUUAGUGGAAGCGGACAUAGAUCUUAGCAAGCCAGUACAAGAUCUUACCAAGAUUGAACAACCACCGCAACAAGUGGAUCUUAAAAAAGAAUACAGCGAAUUAACCAAAAUAGAUGACAAACUGAGUGAAUUAAAGAGUAAAGCCGAGGAAGAAGAAAUAAGUAUCGAAAAGUCUACUAGGAGCCCUGAACAUGCUGAACCGGUUGUUUUAUUAGACUCUUCCCCAGAAGAAGAUGGUCCGCGAAGCCCUUUUAAAGACCUAGAAUUCGACAAGUCAGAUCUUGGAAGAAAAUCUCCCGCUGAACGAGAGGAAGAUGUUAAAAAAAUCGUUGCUAGCGUAGCGGAAGUACUUAAAUCAGAAGAACCAUUGGAAACCUUUCAAGGCAAACUGACUUUCACUCAAGAACUUAGGGAAACCCAUAUCACCACCCAAGACUCACCAAUAUUGGAGGUAAAAAUUAUUAAAACCGACGAUAUACCUCCGAUUCCUGAAGAGGCCACCGAAGCUGAAACCGAGGAGCAUAUUCACGACAGCGAGAUUCGUCCUCUAACAGUUCAACUGGAGUCUCAAAUAAGUGACGAUAAAGAAGACGAGGCUGGAACAGUUCAUCGAAUGUUGGUGACAGCUUCCAGUGAAGACGGAGGUGAGGAGAUAGAAAUAUGCCCUGCAGGAACUAUUACAUUUUCAAGAAGUUCCGAGAGUUCCGGAAGAUCUUCUCCAGAACAUUCUCAAAAGACGCAGUCUCAAAAGUCUUCUAUAGUAGAAACUUUGUCCGAUACCAUAUCCACCGUGAAGCAAGCGGCUGAGAAAACCGAGCAAAUCUUUGAUACUGAGGUCGAUAGAAAGUUGGAGAACUUGGAAAAGCAUGGGAUCACUGUUGUUAGUGAUGACGACAAUAAAUUAAAGGAAGUCACUAAAACAGACAUGGUUGGAGAAAUAAAAGGUGAUAAGCCAGAGAGUGUGAAACUGGAGUCAGAUUUUGAAGCAGUACCAAAAGUUGAUGCUAAGGUUACCAAGGAGGAUGAACAUCAUGAAAAGGAAGCUGCUAAAGCUGAGAUUAGAGAACAUGUAACAAGUGAAAAACUGCCAGAGCAUGAAAAUAAAGAAGAAACUAAGCAGGAAAAAGAUCUUGAUGAAGAGAAGGGUGAAGCUAAGCUUUCACAGAGCCCUGAGAAUUUACUUAAAGAACUUGAUAGCAAGCCAGAAAGUAAGAAACUCGACUCAGAUGAUAGAAUUUUUAAGAGUAGCAUGGGUGAAACAUCUGAGUCGCCUAUAAAAUUACAGGACACAGAAGUUAUGAAAGAUGACGAGAAGCUUCUUAAAGAGGACAGUAAAUCAGAAAGUAAAAAGUUAGUCUCUGAAAUCCAUAUGGUACCCAAGUCUGAAGAUCAACAAAAGGCAGAUGUUAAACAUCAAGAGAGUGACUUAAUGGAACAAUCUGAAUCAGCAUUGAAACUAGACAGUAUUGAGCCCAGGAAAGAUGACGUGACGGAACAACCAAAGGAGUUGAAAGAAGAAAAACUUCAGCCCAAAGGAGAUGAUAAGUCAGAAAGUAAAAAAAUAGACUCUAUAAUCAGCAUGGCAUCGAAACCUGAAGAGCCUAGCCUACUGAAGAAGAAAGAUGACGUAUCAGAAGAACUCGAGUCCAAAGAUGAUGGUAAGCCAGAAAGUAAGAAAUUAGAUCCUGAAGUCGUAGUGGCUUCUAAAUUUGAAGACCUUAAGGAGUCUGACGAUCACAAAGAAGUCGAUAAAAGUCCAGAGAGUGCUAUAGUAGAAAAAUCUGAAUUCCCUAUUAAGCCAGAGAGUACUGAGGCGAAGAAAGCGGAUACACCAUCCGAACAAUCUAAGGAGGAAGAAGAGGCAAAGCUUGAGCUUAAAGAAGAGAGUAAGCACAAAACUAAAAAAUUUGACUCAAAAAUUGCAGUGCCUACUAAGUCUGAAGACCUAAAGGAGUCCAAAGAUCAAAAGGAAAAUGAUAAAACUUCAGCGAAAGCUGUAAUGGAAAAAUCUCAGUCUCCUAUUAAAGCAGAGAGCACUGAGCCCAAGAAAGAUGAUGUAUCCGAACAACCUAAGGCGUUACCAGAAGCAAAGCUUGAGCUUAAAGAAGAUGGCAAGCAUGAAAGUAAAACAGAUCCAGAAGUCGUAGUGGUUUCUAAAUCUGAAGACCUCAAAGAGUCUGAUAAUCAUAAAAAAUCUGAAUCCCCUAUGAAACUAGAGAGUACUGAGCAAAAGAUAGAUGACGUAUCAGAAAAAUCAACGCAGUUGGAAGACGCAAAGCUAGGGUUGAAGGAAGACAGUAAGCAAGAAAGUAAGAAAAUCGACUCAGAAAUAGACGUAGUUUCUAAGUCUGAAGACUUGAAGAAGUCUGAGGAUCAUAAAAAGGAUGAUGAAACUCCAGAGAGUGCUGUGUUAGAAAAAUCUAAAUCCCCUAUGAAACCAGAGAGCACUGAGCAGAAGAAAGAUAAUGUAUCAGAAAAACAAAAGGAGUUACAAGAAGAAAAGCUUGAGUUUAAAGAAGAAGUUAAGCAAGAAAGUAAAACAUUAGAUCAAGAAGUCACAAUGCCUCCUAAAGCUGAUGAUCUAAAGAUGUCUGAAGAUCAUAAAAAGGAUGAUAAAAUUACAGAGAGUGCUUUAGUGGAAAAGUCUGAAUCCCCUAUGAAACCAGAGAGCACUGAGCAGAAGCAAGAUGAUGUUUUAGAAAAACAGAAGGAGUUACAAGAAGAAAAGCUUGAGUUAGAAGAAGUUAAGCAAGAAAGUAAGACAUUAGAUCUAGAAGUCACAAUGCCUCCUAAAGUUGACGAUUUAAAGAUGUCUGAAGAUCAUAAAAAGGAUGAUAAAAUUACAGAGAGUGCGGCAGUGGAAAAGUCUGAAUCCCAUAUGAAACCAGAGAGCACUGAGCCCAAGAAAGAUGAUGUAUUAGAAAAACCAAAGGAGUUAGAAGAACCAAAGUCUGAACUCAAAGACGGUAAGCCAGCAAGUUUAGAUUCGGAUAUUGUAGUGGUUCCUAAACCCGAAAAAGGGUCUGAAGAUCUAAAAGAAGAUGUUAAAACUCCAGAGAGCAGCAAAGUAGAAGAAUCAGUAUCUUCUGUAAAACCAAAGAGCCCCGAACUCGAGAAAGAUGACGUAUCAGAAAAAUCCAAAGUGUUACAUGAAACAAAACUCGAACAAAAGGAAGAUACUAAACAAGAGAGUAUAAAACUAGAUUCAGAAAUCGAAAUGGUUUCUAAAUCUAAAGACUUAAAGGCAAUAAAAGAUGUAGAUGAAAAAAAAGAUGACAGCAUUGCUGAUUCAUCUAUAAAACCCGAAAGCACCGAGUCUAAGAAAGAUGACGUAGUCGAAAAAUCAAAAGAGGAACCAAAAAUUGAUUUGCAAGUGACCGAGCCAGAUAGUAAAAAAAUUAAUUUAAUCGUCGAAAAGGAUCAUAAAUCUGAAGAUAAAAAGAAAGAAGCUGACAAGAUUUUAGAUGAAAGUUUACCGAAAAAAGUUGAAGCAUCCGAAAUACCAAACUUGCAAGAAGAAAAACAUGAUACAAAGGAACUUAGUAAGCCAGACGAUCAAAAAAGAGAAAAUGAUAAAGCUCUAGAAAGUGCCAUUGCUGAAAAAACCGAAUCUCUUGCAAAACCAGAGAGCAACGAGCCUAAAAAAGAUGAUCAAUCAGAAGAAGCAAAGGAGCUACAACAAGAAAAACUAGAGCUGAAUAAAGAUAGUACGCCAGAAACAACAAAAGCUGACUCAGCUUCUAAAUCUGAAGAAAUCCACAUGGAAACCACUGACAAAGGAAAAGAUCAUCAAAAGAAAGACGAAUCAUUUGAAAAGCAAGCAACUCCGGAUGUAGUGACUGAAGAGGUACAUCAGCAACUGGACUCUAAAAAGCCUCUAAGUCUAGCUGAUGAAUUACCUGAGUCGAUAGAAAUUUUCGAUGGUAAAAAAUCUCCUGAAUCAAAAAGUGCCGAUGAAACAGCACAGGAGGUAACUGACAAAAAAUAUAGUGAAGUGGAUAAAGACACCAGUCAUAAAAUGAAUGGACAAAUGCAAAUUAAACCUUGUAUCCCACAUGAAGAAUCAAAAGAUUUACCGGUAGAAGCACAAAUCAUAUGCCAAGCGACGGAUACUUCUAAAGAUGGAAGUAACGAAUCACAACUAAACAAACAAAUAUCUGAGGCUUCUGAUGUAUUUAAAGCAUCCAAAAUAGAUGAUGACAAAAUAGUAGAAGCGUUGGAACAUGAAUUUGCAGGAAAAGCCUCCGAUUUGGCAAUUGAUGAGAAAGAACCUAAAGGAACUUCUGAACAGAGACGUCAAAGUAUCGUCGAAAAAGCAGAAGAUUUUAUUGAAAAAACCGAAGAAGCUAUUGAAAGUGUUUUUUCUUCCAUAAGCUCCAAGGCUCACUCUAUUUUAGAUGGAUUCAUGCAUCAUGAUGAUGCUGCGGAAAAGCUGACUUUCGAAAAAGAAGCAACUGAAGAUAUCGAAGAAAUUAAAUCUGAAAUUAAUGCACAAGUUGCCGAUGCCAGUUUGGUCACAAAAGAGGUAGCAAAAGAAGCUAGCGAAGCUUUUGAUGAAAUGAAAAAGGAAACUCAAACGAAGUUAUCUGAAGCCAUUAAGAGUACAGGUGAUAAAACAGAAGGCGCUUUAGAAGAUAUUGGAGAAAAAGUUAUGGAAAUAAAAGGUGUUGAAAAAGAAGCUUUGCAAGAAAUAAGUGAUGGUGUUAAAGACAAAGCCGAAGAUACUGCUUCAGCUGCAAAAGAAAUUGCUAAAAAAGUUGGCGAAGCUUUUGACCAUACUAAAGAAAAAUUAUCUGAAACAUCUGAGAAAGCAUCUGACAAUCUAGAAGACGUGUUAGAACAUAGUGUGGAAAAACUUACAGAUAAAACCCCGGAUAUGGCAAUUAAAGAAAAGGAAUCUUCAGAGAGUAAGGAAGAAAAACUUGGUACUCCUCACAGACGAGAAAGCAUUAUGGAUAAAGCAGAAGAUUUUAUCGAAAAAACUGAAGAAGCUUUUGAAAGCGUUAUCUCCUCCAUAGGUUCUAAGGCUCACAACAUUUUGGAUGGAUUUAAACAUCAUGACUCUGGUAAAACGGAUGAUGAUCUCACAAAAGAAUUAAAAACAGAUUCUUCAAUUCUUUCUGGUCAGUCUUCUCCUCAUUUAUUGGAAGACACUCAAUUGGAAAUUUUAACAAAAUCAGUUACAAGCACUCCAGAGCCACUUAGAGUGGAUGAGAAACUUGAUGCUAAAAUCAAGGAAGAUUUAAAGGACUCAGGCAAAUCAUCUCCCUUGCUCGCCAGUGAUAUAGACAGUAUAUCUGCAGAUUUAGGUCAUAGUUUACCAGAAACAACUAAAGAUGGAUCUAUUAAAGAAGAUGACUUGAAAGGCAGACGGAGUAGUAUUAUCGAAGCAGCCGAAGAAUUUAUAGAAAAAUCUGAAAAAGUGUUGGAAUCUGUAUUUUCUGCUAUAGGAGAAAACGUUCAGUCAGCUUUUCAUAUGCCAGAAAGUGGAGAUCAAAAGACUGCAACCACAGAUUUAUCGAAAAAAGAGAAGCCUCAAGAUAUUAUUGACGAUCAUAAGAAAGAUUCAAUGGGAAAAACUGAAACUAUUGCAGAAAAAACUGGAAACAUAUUUGAGUCAGCCUUAACUGCACUAGAAGAGGCUACCGUUGCUGUGUUACAUGAUGUUAUUCCAUCUAGUGAUGAAAAAGGAAGCGUAGAAGUUGCAAAAGACUUGGAAUUGCACGAAAGUCUAAAGAUUGAAAAAGAUGUAGUAAUUCAAGCUGAUAAAAUGAGUGACUCCUUGGAACAUAAGGAUCCCAAGGAUAAAGAUAAAAUCGAAUCUGUAGACCAAAAAGACAAAAAACAAAUUAUUGAUAAAACCAAUUUAGCUCCAGACAUGCAAGUGGGUAAAGACAAUCAAACUGACCAAGCUUUUGAUAAGCCUAGUGAUGGUAAGUCUGAUUUAAAGAGUAGAGAUGAUGAAAUGAGCCAGAUUGAAGAACAAAUUAUUAAAAAAGAACAAAAAGGAGCUGAAGAAAUACCUAAAGUAGCCAAAUGUGAAGAAACGAGCUUAACAAUGGAAGAUAAAAAAGAGCAAAAAACUACAGAAAAGGAAGAUAUUCAAGAAACUUCCAAGGAACUGGCUAAGCAGCAAGAUGAACCACUUAAAGAAAAAACAUCUUACCUCGAUGAUACAAAACUCGAACUUAGUAAGGACCAAACUGAUUCUAAAGAAAAAAUACCUUUAAAAGCAGAAUCAUAUAAAGUUGAUAAAGACUCCUUGGAGAAAGAAGAAAAACAAAUUGAAGAAGAAGUAAAGCAUUUAGAAAAGAGUUUUGACGAAAUAUCAAGUUUAACCAAAUCGGUUCAAUUUGAGAAGUGCCAUCCACAAGAAGAGCCUUCAGUACACAAGGAUAAAGUUGACACAGUCUCUAAGGAAAUUCCUUCUGUAUCCGAUAAACAUGAUAAUAAAGAUGCUGAAAAAGUGCCAUAUAAACUGGAAACAGAAGAAGAGUACAAGGUGCCUAAAGAAACUCUGAAACAAGAGGAAAAAGAAAUAGAAGAAGAGGUUGGGCGGGUAAUGCAAACUGUAGAAGAAGUUUCCCAUUUAACUAAAACUAUUACGUUUGAUAAAUGCCACGCUGACGAAUCAAAAGUUGAUAAAGAUGCCGCAGAAAAAGAAAAAACUAGUCCUAAAUCAGGUAAACCAGAGAGUAUAGAAAGUGAUUUUGAUGGUACAUUUAAAGUAAGCAAAGAGGUUAUUAAGAAGGAAGAAAAGCGAAUUGAUGAUGAAGUCAGUCAUCUGCAGAAGUCUUAUGACGAUCUCGCGAAACUAACUGAACAAGUUUCCUUUGAUAAAUGUAAAACUACUGAUGAUUUUAAAUUGGAAAAGGAAAUUUUGGAAAAAGAAGAACGGCGAUUUGGAGAGGAGGCAGAAGCGUUACGACAAAGCUACGAAGACCUUACCAAAAUUACUGAAGAAGUCACUUUUGAUAAAUGUCAUGUUGAUUUUAAGGAAGCCGAUAAAGUUAAGAGUCAUGAAAAACAGAUUGACGAUAAAAUAGAUCAAAUAAAAGAUACUAUAACCGAUUUGGAGAAACUCAAUGAAUCAGUAAUAUUUGAAAGGUGCAAAUCUCCUGAAAAAUCCAAGGCCGACAAAGACUCACUGGAAAAAGAAAAAGAGGAAAAACCUACGGAAGAGUCUACCACAGUUAAAACAGAAAAAGUAGAUUCUAAUAAAGCAGAUCACUUAGCACAUCUUGCGGAGAGCAGUAAAAAAGAGGAAACGGCCGUGAUGAUCGACUCUUCCAUUAAACUCGAAAGGAAAGAAGACUUAACUGAACCUACCAAAGUAGAAAUCAAAGACUCUAUAACCCACUUAGAUGAUAAGCCCGUACCUAGUCAAGCAGAGAAAUGUGAAAAGGAGAGAAUGGAAAAGACUCAAAUCCAAGAAGAAUCUAGUAAACUUCAAGUAGUUUCACCCGAACCUAAAAAACUAUCGAUAUCGGAUGUUGAAAUUAGUUUAAAGACUGACAUUAACCACAAAGAUUUAAUUCAAUCUUUCCUUGAUAAUGAAAAAUCAUUUGUUUGUGAUAAUACCGACGCCAAAGUAUUUAUAGCUCCUAAAGAAGAUGACGUUUGUGAGAAAGAUGAGUCUUCCAAAGUAGAAGUUAAGGAAUCUACUGAGACAGAACCUUCUAGUAAUAAAUCGAGCCCUGAAGCAGAUCUAUCUGGAAGGGUAACACCUCCUACAGUGCCUCUAAGUCCCGUUAAUAAGGAUCUGAGAUCACCAUCAUUAAAACUUGAUAGUGGCAUGAGCGAACAAACAGAAACCGAUGAAGAUGACCUGAGCACAAAAUCCCAAGUUGCUCACUCUCAGUCUGAUCUAGAUGAAUUAGACAUGAAGAUGGAUCCAAUGAGCAUGUCCUUCUAUGGAGCUUUGCCCGAAGAACAGUUCCACGAUGAAGGUGACGUGCCGGCCACGUAUCUCUAUGAAAUCACCAAAGCCAGGUUUAGCAGUCCCUCGAAAUCUGCUAAAGGGGAGCCAAAAGUUGUUGAAGAAGAGUGUAUGAUGUCUGCUAGUUUUAUCGGUGAGCUUCCUUCUUCCUCCAUCGGCUCAAAACCUUCAAGCGAUACCAAAGAAACGCAUUCAAAGGAUACCGUCGAAUCAUGGGGCAAACCUCUUGGUCUUCCAGCUCCGACUUAUCUCUACGAAGUGACUAAGGCCAAAUUUUCCUCCCGAAGUGAAGAAUCAGAACUUAUGACCGCUAGUUUCAUCGGAAAUGAUUUGCCCUCUAGUCGCUACCAAGAUCCCAUGACUACCAGCGUCUAUUUUGGAGACGAUGACGACCUGGGUGCACCUUGGCGAAAACAUGCUGACUUGGCAACCUCGCAAAGAAAAGAGGAAGAUCCCAUGACCGCAAGUGUAUAUUUCGGUGAUGAAGAAGAUCCUAUAGCGUCCUGGGGGAAACCCUUAGGAUUACCCAGCCCUGCACCACCGAACAAUAACGAUAGAGGAACUCCUAAGAAAGAGCGAAAGGUUCCGGCACACGUCACAGCGAAGAAUAAGCUGAAUGAUGAAAGGAAGCGUGCAGAGUCUCCGUCAAAGCUGAAGAAUAAAAAGGUUAAUGCGGUCUAUGUUGAUCUGACUUAUGUGCCCCAUCAUGGAAAUCAUUAUUAUUCUUACGUGGAUUUCUUUAAGAGGAUCAGGGCCAGGUAUUACGUGUUUUCGGGACUGGAACCCAGUAGACAGGUAUAUGAUGCGCUGUUAGAGGCGAAACAGACUUGGGAUGAUAAAGAAUUGGAAGUAACAAUAAUCCCGACUUACGACACCGACAUCCUGGGUUACUGGGUGGCCGAAAACGAGGAGCUUCUGUCAAAAUUCAAAAUAGAUCUGGCCCCAUCUGCUAGCAGGUGCACAAUUAACCUUCAGGAUCACGAAACCUCAUGUUCAGCUUACCGUUUGGAGUUCUAAAUAAGUUAUAAUAGUAAGCAACCCUUGGGAAAGGGCAUACUAUCCCCCCCCAUUUAAUUCUCUCUUUAGCUAUUGUAUUAAUGAUAGUUUUAGACAAGUCUAUUUUCCCUCGCCCCCCCCUUCCAGAGACAUUUCGUAGGCCUAAAUAAAAUCGUGAAUGUAGGCAUCACCGACAAAUAUUGCAUCCAACAUUUUCGAAAAUGUAGCUAGAAUAGUUAGGGUUUUUUGGAUAUUAGAUGGAUUCCCAUAUGUUAAAUCGAGAGCCAGCGGUGUUGGUUUGCAGUUUUGUUGGUGAACAUUUAGAUGCGGCAUGCUUCGUUUCGGCUUUGACGAGCACAUUUUUAUGAACUACCAAAAUGGAUCAGAUGCAAAAUUAUGAAUAAACUGCCAAAUGUGUUGAAAGUUUAAACACAAAAAUGUCAGAUUUUGGAGGGUUUUUAAAGUAAUACCAGUAACCACCUCCAGUAUAAGAAAAUUGUGACCAAAGAAGAAAUUUAUUGAGCUUGUAAUAAACCUAAUAAGGUUAAGAGAUGGUUAUAAAUUAAUUAAGUUUUCGAGUUUAUUUUAGGCUAUACUUAUAUUUUUUACGUAAUAAAAAGCUUUUGUACUUUCGUCUGGUUUUAUCGUAAGUGUGAAAUCGGCGAAAGUCCCCGUUUUCAUAUAUUUAAAUAAAUAUUUUACAGAAACUUUCCCGCCCUCAAUACGCUUGAGGGAGGGCAACGUUGAUUUUCGAAAGUUUAUCUUGACGUCAGACGUCAACAGUUAAUGUAUAAGACAAUGAAACUCUUUUUAGAUUUUAGAUUAUUUGUCAUGUUUCAAAUUUAAAAUGGUACCCUUAAGCUAAAACAAAAUAAAAUGUCGUCGUAAAUUCAAAUAAAAGGAUAAAUGAUUGGGUGAUUGAUUUUGCUAUAGCUGAUGUAAUAAAAACGCUUCGUUUCCUAUUAUGAUUUUAGAUUAUCCAGUCAUUUUAAGAAGUAAUGCUUUUAUAUCAGUAUUAACACCUUAACUGUUGGCAUAUAAAUGUGGGGCUGACAUUAUGUUUUCUUUUUUCAUGACGCAUAUAUGGUACACACGGCUUACUAUAAAGCUAAUUGGAGAGAAAUGCAGAUUAAGCUGGGAGAGGAAAACUGUGAGCCAAGGUUAGAAAAUUGUAAAAAAAAAUUGCAAGGUCUGUUUUUGUUUAAUAUGAGAUGCUACAGAUGUUAUCUAGUUCACCAUACCAUGCAUUUUACUAUACCUUAAAUUUAUGUAAUUGUGUGACGCAGGAACGGUACAUAAAUUUACAAUCGUAACAAAAGUACGGUAACUUCCUAGGAUCGUAUUUUUCCAAGAACACAGUUAAGAAAAAGUUGUUCAGUUUUGUCUUACAAAUUCAGUGGUGACCUUGUUUUUGACCCCAAGGUCAUUUCAAAGUUAAUCUUUGUUCUUAAAUGGUAACUCUAAUUUUUUUUCCAAAAUCAUAAAGAGCGGAAAAUAUUACAUUUAGAUUUAUUUUCAAUUUAUUCCUUGGGGUUAAAGGAACUCUUCAAAGUCAAACGGUUUUUAAAACGACAAAUGGCAUUUUUUGCACGAAAACCAUAAAGGGCUGAACAUCUUGCAUUCAGAUAUUUAUUUGACCUUCAAUCAUCAUUUGCAACGAAAUGCUUCACUUGGGUUUAAAGCGGGAUCCCAAAAAAAAAGUGGUCUUGAUUCCAAAAAAAAAAUUUAAACAGUUGCAACUGUCUGACAAAAAAUUAAAAUUAAGUGCCUGGAAAAUUACUUUAAUAACCUUUAAAAUCAUGUCAGAAGAGCUUGAAAAUAGCUUCAACUGCCUGGAAUUACUAAAACAUAAUUUCAGCUACUUGAAAAAAAUGAAAACCCGUUAAACAAUUUGAAACAAUCAAUUGUUUCGUAAAAACAAACAAAUUGCAAAAAUUAAAAUUAAGUGCCUCGAAAAUUACUUCAAUAACUAAAAAAUCCCGUCAGAAGAAGUUGAUUAAGAAAUUAAAAUCCGUUAAACUAUUUGAAACAAUCAAUUGGUCCCUCAAAACUAUAAAAAUACAGCGGCCCAACUAUAGCCUCAGCCUCGACUACCUAUAAUUUAUCUAAUAAACGAAUUGGUCCACAACACCCAUCUCUGUUGACUUAAUGGCGGCAAAUUUAAAUUAGUUUUACACGUUAAGAAAACCGCGUGAUUAAUAUCCCAUAUAUACGCUGCGAUCGUGAAAACUCAUCCUCACUUAUGAGGUCAUGGACACAAAUUCCCGCAAGGAAUCAAUUAUGACGUCAAGAAGAAAAAUCCGAUCUGAUGAAGUAAUCGUCGGCACAUCAAAGGAAUAAUGAAAGUUACUGACCUACUCGACUGUUGCAGUAAUUUUAAAUUGGGACUACAGCUCGCAGGAGGAGGAAAGUGAUCUAGAAGUAACAAAAGUGUCCUUCUGACGAAUAAUCUGUCACUCUGCGACAAGAAUCUGGCCACAGGAGGGUUAAAAACGGGCGACUCACUAGAAAACUCCAGGACAAGACUCCACGUACAUGGAGCGGGUACUAGUUUUUUUAUUUUUUCCCGGCAGUUGAAACCUGGAAAAGGCAUGGCUAAAGAAAAUCUUCAGACACACACAAAGUUAAAUUAUCAAAUAAUAAUAAUUGUCGGCACGUCAAAGGAAUAACGUAGGUUACCGACCUACACGACUGUUGACGUCCGUUUAAAUUAGAAGAAGUAAAAGUGAUCUGGUGGUAGCCAAAAGUCCUUCUUAAAGAAAGGUUAAAAACGUCUCACUUGGCAGAAAAAAACUGAAAAUUGACUUCAACUCACUGGGAAAUCUUGAAAAAUGUUCCUGGAAAAAAUUUGAACUACAUGAAAAACUAAAAUGUGUUUUUGCAAUUUUUAACACGAUUUCAACUGUAUGGAGACAAAUAAAAUUAAUUUCAAGUGCCUGAAAAAAAAAUUACUUUAAGAUUCUAUCAUCAAACGGAACAUUUUAGACAUGUCAUGCCUUUAAUGACUAAAAAUUAUUAUAAUGACUAAAAAAAUCAUGUGAGAAGAACUUGAAAAUGGUUUCAACUGCCUGGAAAUACUAAAACAUAAUUUGAACUAGUUGGAAAAAAAAUUUAAACUCGCUAAACUAUUUGAAACAACCAAUUUCUCCCAAAAAAUUAAUAAUUACAGCAGCCCAACAAUAGCCACUGCCUCGACUCUCCAUAAUGUCUGCAACAAACGAAUUAGUCCGCAACGCCCAUCUCUGUCCCUCUCGUUGACUUAUUGGCGGCAAAUUUAAAUUAGUUUUAUAUGUUAUACUAUCAAUACUUGGUGUUUUAUUGGUUUUGGUUUAAUUUAUUUAAUUCAAGUGGUGAUCUUUGCUGCCCAACUAAGACUCAAUUACAGUUGUGCAAAAAAAACGUGGUAAAUAGAUGAUUUAUUAUUUCAAUAUACAAGUGCAUUACAUAAAAAACCGUUUAUCGAUCUCUAAAGCAUAUGUUCAAAGUUAUUACCCUCAGCUGUUUGACCGAAAGCUAAUCUGUUAAUUUUUAUAACGUAGUGCAAAUCUGAGCCUUUUACGCUUUGCGGAUGAUAUAGUACUCUUUAGCCAGAAUAUAACAGAAUUACAGCAGAUGUUGGCAGAACUUCAAAGAGAAUCGAAAUGAAUAGGUUUAACCAUGAAUUGAAAUAAAACAAAAGUCAUGUCACCUGACAAUAUUCAAGUACAUAUAGAAGACCGAAUUAUUGACAACGUCGAAGAAUAUGUAUAUUUGGGACAUUGCAUCAAAUUGGGCAAAGAAAAUCAAACUGCCGGAAUAAACAGACGUGUUCGUUUGACAUGGCCAGCCACGGGUAAACUGUCACACGUCUUGAGAAAUGAAAGUAUUCCAAUUAAUUUGAAAAGAAAGGUCUUCAAUGCCUGCUUACUGCCCGUGAUGACUUACGGAAUGGAAACCAUGACACUCACUGUUAAAUCACCUAACAAGCUUAGGACCACCCAAAGAGCCAUAGAGCGGAUGAUGCUAGGAAUAAGCCUGAGCGACCAUAUCACAAAUGAGAGUAUUAGACAAAGAACUAAAGUUGAAGACGUCAUAGCACGCAUAGCCCACCUGAAAUGGAGGACACGUCGCCCGACAGGACGACUUGAGAUGGUCAACACACAUCGUUCAAUGGAGACCUCGCAUACAUAAACGCAGCGUUGGCAGACCACAGUUACGCUGGCUCGAUGAUGUCAAAAACAAAGUGGGCAACAGAUGGCACCAACUGGCACAGAACAAAGAAACAUGGAAGAAUAUAGGGGAGACCUAUGUCCAGGAGUGGACUGUGAAGGGUUGCUGAAAGAAGAAGAAGAAGAAGAAGUGCAAAAGUUAAAAGUUACUGCACGUCUAAUCAUUUCAGCAUCUCUGGCUUAGUUCUUGCAAAUUUCUUGGUUGAUUUUUGUACACUCUUUCUUUUAAAUAACCCCAUAAAAAAUAUUCAAGGAAAGCUAAAUCAGGUGAACGUGGAGACCACUCAAAGGCUCUAUAAUAACUAAAUUCUUCGAAAUUGGUGUAGUGUUUGCACGAAAAAUUUCAUUAAAUUGCUGUCUUAUAUCGCCAUAAGACCUUUGACGAUCAUAAGAGUCGAUAUUCUCUCUCGUUUACUGGACAAUUUAUUGCAAAAAAAUUAAAUUUCAUUUAAAAUGUCGUACAAAUUAAAUAACUUCUUUUUGGUUAUAAUACGACCUUUUAAAGAAGUAUAACACUAACGAUUAGCUUCAAGAAAAUAACCGAUUUAAAAGAACUUAGUUUUUAAAUAAGGCAAAAGGUAUUGGAAUUGAAAAAAUAUGUAUCAACUUAAUGAGUAAAUUCAUUUAACUAAAUUUAGAAAAUUACAAACACGCAAAAAUUUUUAAAUAAAAAGAGAAUUUUAAAAAUACGAGAAAAUUAUUUACUUGUAAGUUAUCUACCUAGGGUCAAAUAUGUUUGAACCUAAGUACUCUUAAAAUCCUAUUCCGCUGCAUCUCAUCAACUAUAAAAUUUAGGAUAAAAGUAGACAUGAGCAAUCAAGUUUUAAUCAUAUUUAAAGGAAAAUAUCACAAUCUUAGAAGUAACUGUUGUUAAUAAUUGAUAUUAACAACAAAUAAAGGUAAUAAAAAAUGAAAUUUUGCGUUGCAAAUAACUAUUGGACCUCUUUUAGAUUCAGGAAUAAAAAAUAGGGGUUUCCAUUUAUAGAACAAAAGUUGACUAUCAAAUGACCUUGAAAAUUACCUUGGGGUCAAGAACAUGGUCAUCACUAAAUUUUUCUUAAAUCAAAAUUGAACAACCUUUCUCUGAAACGGUUUCUUCGAAAAUGCAAUCCCAGGAAGUUAAAAGUCAUGCAGCCUGGUAAAAAAAAUCUCUGUGAGGCAUACGGCAUUUAACGUGUUAAUACUAUUGUUAUGGGUUUGAAUAAUCAUAGAGAAUAUAAUAUGGAAAAUGUUGAAUCUGUAUUAAAUUUUGUACAAUCUGAUGGUAUCUUAGAAAAGGAAUAAGAAAAUAGAGACAUUUUUGCAGGCAUUUACUCAUUGUCUAUAUUGAGUUUUAUAUACAAUUUUCACAAAAAUUCAAAUUUUUUUAGAAGGAUCUUAAACUUUCCCCAAAUUUCUGCAAUUUUAUACCGUUUAUUAGAAUUUCCAAAAAAGUCAGAUUUAUGAAUAAUUUUUGAUUAUUCUUAAUAAACAAGUAAUUUUUUUAUAUUUUUGUUUUACAAAAUACUCAAAAUCAUAGACAGUUUUUCUCUGACAAAUGUCAGAAAAUUAAGAAAAUUCAAGACGAAAAUCAAGCUUCACAUUAAUAUUGAAGAAUUUUAGAAAAUUCAGAGACCACACACUUGUCUUUUGCUAAUUUUUAUAUAAUUUAAAUUUUAUUUUGUCAAAAAAACAAUUUUUUGAGUAUACUGAAGAUCAUCAAAGAAAUCCUCAAAAAGUAGAUCAAUAUUCAGAACUAUUUUCAUUUUUUAAUCUGAUCAGAAUCAGUGAUUAACAUUUAAGGAGAAAUUCGUUGAUAAUAAAAAAUGGUAAAAUAUUUAAAUUUUCAUGUUUUUCAUUUUAUUUCCUGCUUAUUAUUCCUUCAAAUUUACUUAAAAUACCUUUCAUGAUACAUUGUCUAAAUUUGCUCCAUUUUAUUGAGGAUGGCCAAAUAACUGCUCGAAACUUUGUUUUCUUUAAAAAAAAAAUAAAAACGGUCUUUUAGUAUCUCUCAUGCAUGUAUAACCAUUAAAACACAUUCCAAUAAUAGAACCAAUAUAAGAGUGAAUUUAUUGUAUAAAAUUUCAAUUUUGGCGCCACAACUUUUUGUAUCCUGUGGCAACACUGCAGCCCCGAAUCGUCCCGAGUUCACUUCCGAGCACAAACAAUGCAGAUUCAAAUUUGAAAACUCAUAACAAUUAUCACUUGUAAAAAAAAAGAAGUAAUAGAGUGACUGGUUGAUAUUAAUUAAAAUUAUUUUGAUAUUUACCCUCUAUGUGAUAAAAAACUAGAAAGAAACAAAGUCGACGUGAAACGGAAAGAUUGAGGAUUGCAUUUAUAUUCUCAUUAUUACUAUUAUUAUAUGUUUAGUAAUUUUUUUUAAAGCUUUUUAUAUACAGGGUGUAAUAGCGCUUUAGUGUUGCAAUAUUAAUUUACGUACCAAAAAAAAAUAUAUUUUAUCUAGUUGUAAGGCCUAUUUAUUUAUUUUACACUCGUAGAGCAAGACUGGUAUAUUUAUUUAUAAAAAAAAAAUAAUUUUCCUUAUUAAUAUUUCGAUACUGUUUUAAAUAUUGGAAAGAACUAUCGAGCUUGAAUCGUCACAAGUAGAAAUUUUUAUUAAAAUAGAUAAAAGAAAAACGUGGUGCUAAGAUAAGUUUGAAUUAUGAGUUUAGCUGAAAAUAUAUUUUCUCCUAAAACCUCAUUCAAACUUCAAAGAAACUAGGAAUUUUCAAAUUGCUGCAGUUUGAAGUACUUACAUCGACCUUCAAAAAAUUAUAAAUGAAUCAUACAGGGUGUAUACAAAAACCUUCAAACCGUUAUAUGGGUUGUAUCAAAAAAAUAUAUAUUAAUAGUGCCUGAUUUUUUGCAAAGUAGAUGUAAACUAUUUCAAAUAAGUGUGUAGGGAGUUUUUAAAAGUAUAUUCAAUUUCUUAUUUAGCUCGACAUGCGGUACUUAAUUUGCUUGUUUAAUCAUAUAUAGUGUACUUAGAAAGAGAUAUUUUUAAGUUAUUUAAUGCAAAGCAUUCGUAAUAACGUUUUUUUGCAUUAUAAUUGAGUUGUAUGCGCACACGCACUAGAAUUUCAUCCAAAUUUUAAUUGAAUAUAUUUUUAAAUAAAAUAAUUUUAUUUUUAUUGGCGUUAUAGGUAGUUAAUAUGGCAUUGGAUGUAAAGACAAACGACUAGUCCUAUAUUUUGAUGGCAUUUAAUUAUGAAGAAAAAGGGAUAAUUAAGACUAUAUGUGUUGUGAUAGGAAAAGAAAAAUAGGGCUGGUCUAUUUAUAGCUGAAAAAUUAAAGUAAAAAUUAGCUUUCUAGUCCAAAGAAAACUCUGAUCCUUUAGCUUAAAAUGUUGUAUUAAAAUUACAUAUAUUUAAAAACGUAUUUAAUGUAUGGGAAUGUAUGGAAAAUAAAACCAGGUUUUAAAACUAAA